CCGCGGCUUUCGCUUUGCUGCGGCGGCGGGGCGGGCGGGAGCUGUGGGCUUGGUUGCCGGCUCCACUCGCGUCACGUCUCCGGCAGCUCCGAAGGGCGCUCCUCGUGCGGCCCUCCCGGCUCGGGAAUUCCCUGCCGAGCCCGCGCCCCAGGGCUCCCCGCCUCGGCCACCCCGCGGCCCCGAUGCCGAGGCAUGGAUAGAGCGGCACGGCGUGCGGCGGCGAUGGGAGAGAAGGAAGGCAGCGGCGGGGGGGUCGCGGCGGCCGCAGAGGGGUGCGCCGGAGCCGCGGCAAACCGGGCGCUGCAGCAGUGCGGGCAGCUCCAGAAGCUCAUCGAUAUCUCCAUCGGCAGCCUGCGCGGGCUGCGCACGAAGUGCGCGGUGUCCAACGACCUCACCCAGCAGGAGAUCCGGACCCUGGAGGUGAAGCUGGUCCGGUACAUUUGCAAGCAACGGCAGUGCAAGCUGAGCGUGGCUCCUGGUGAGAGGACCUCAGAGCUCAACAGCUACCCUCGCUUCAGUGACUGGCUGUACACCUUCAAUGUGAGGCCAGAGGUGGUGCAGGAGAUCCUCCGAGAGCUCACACUGGAUGCCCUCCUGGACAUGAACGAGGCCAAGGUGAAGGAGACGCUGCGGCGCUGUGGAGCCAGUGCGGAGGAGUGUGGCCGCCUGCAGUACGCCCUCACCUGCCUGCGGAAGGUGACAGGCCUGGGAGGGGAACACAAAGAGGACUCGAGCUGGAGCUCGUUGGAUGCCCGGCGGGAAAGCAGCUCAGGGCCUUCCACAGACACCCUCUCGCCGGCCUGCCUGCCCUGGCCCCCGGGGAGCUCCCAGCUGGGCCGGAUGGGCAGCAGUGCCCAGGGCCCACGCUCCGUCUCCGUGUCAGCCCUGCCCACCUCGGACUUCCCAACCCCCGGCCCCAGCGAGGGCCUCACAGACACCUGUAUCCCCCUGCACGCCAGCGGCCGGCUGACCCCCCGCGCCCUGCAUAGCUUCAUCACUCCCCCAACCACGCCCCAGCUGCGACGGCACACCAAGCUGAAGCCACCGAGGACACCGCCCCCGCCCAACCGCAAGGUCUUUCAGCUGCUGCCCAGCUUCCCCACGCUCACCCGGAGCAAGUCCCACGAGUCUCAGCUGGGGAACCGCAUUGAUGAGGUCUCCCCAUUGAGGUUUGAUCUCCCGCACGGAUCCCCACAGAUGGUACGGAGGGACAUCGGCCUCUCAGUGACACACAGGUUCUCCACCAAGUCCUGGCUGUCGCAGGUCUGCCACGUGUGCCAGAAGAACAUGAUGUUUGGAGUGAAGUGCAAGCACUGCAGGUUGAAGUGUCACAACAAGUGUACAAAAGAAGCCCCCGCCUGCAGAAUAUCCUUCCUUCCAAUAGCUAGGAUUCGGAGGACAGAAUCUGUCCCUUCGGACAUCAACAACCCGGUGGACAGAGCAGCUGAGCCCCAUUUUGGAACCCUCCCCAAAGCGCUGACAAAGAAGGAGCACCCUCCGGCCAUGAACCACCUGGACUCCAGCAGCAACCCGUCCUCCACCACGUCCUCCACGCCCUCCUCGCCGGCUCCCUUCCCAACCUCGUCCAACCCGUCCAGUGCCACCACGCCCCCCAACCCUUCGCCAGGCCAGCGGGACAGCAGGUUCAACUUCCCAGCUGCCUACUUCAUUCAUCAUAGACAGCAGUUUAUCUUUCCAGACAUUUCAGCAUUUCCGCCGGCAGCCCCGUUCCCCGAUGCAGCAGACAGCACUCGGCUCAACGACCAGCCAAAAGCAGACGUGUUGGAGGAUCGUGAAGUAGAGGCAGAGGAGCCGGAGGCUGGAAAGUCAGAGGCAGAAGACGACGAGGAUGAGGUGGACGACCUGCCGAGCCCCCGCCGGCACUGGCGGGGCCCCAUCUCGCGCAAGGCCAGCCAGACCAGCGUGUACCUGCAGGAGUGGGACAUCCCCUUUGAGCAGGUGGAGCUGGGCGAGCCCAUUGGGCAGGGCCGCUGGGGCCGCGUGCACCGCGGCCGCUGGCAUGGCGAGGUGGCCAUCCGCCUGCUGGAGAUGGACGGCCACAACCAGGACCACCUGAAGCUGUUCAAGAAAGAGGUGAUGAACUACCGGCAGACACGGCACGAGAACGUGGUGCUCUUCAUGGGGGCCUGCAUGAACCCGCCCCACCUGGCCAUCAUCACCAGCUUCUGCAAGGGGCGGACGUUACACUCGUUUGUGCGGGACCCCAAGACCUCUCUGGACAUCAACAAGACCAGGCAGAUCGCUCAGGAGAUCAUCAAGGGCAUGGGGUAUCUGCACGCCAAGGGCAUCGUGCACAAAGAUCUCAAAUCCAAGAAUGUCUUCUAUGACAAUGGCAAGGUGGUCAUCACGGACUUCGGGCUGUUCGGGAUGUCGGGCGUGGUCCGAGAGGGACGACGUGAGAACCAGCUGAAGCUGUCACACGACUGGCUGUGCUACUUGGCUCCUGAGAUCGUGCGUGAGAUGACCCCUGGGAAAGACGAGGACCAGCUGCCGUUCUCCAAAGCUGCAGACGUCUACGCAUUUGGGACCGUUUGGUAUGAGCUGCAAGCAAGAGACUGGCCCUUUAAGAACCAAGCUGCAGAGGCCUUGAUCUGGCAAAUUGGAAGCGGAGAGGGAAUGAAGCGUGUCUUGGCCUCCGUCAGCCUGGGGAAAGAAGUCACCGAGAUCCUGUCUGCCUGCUGGGCUUUUGACCUGCAGGAGAGGCCCAGCUUCACGUUGCUGAUGGACAUGCUGGAGAAACUGCCCAAGCUGAACCGGCGGCUCUCCCACCCCGGGCACUUCUGGAAGUCUGCUGACAUUAACAGCAGCAAAGUGGUACCCCGGUUUGAAAGGUUUGGCCUGGGCGUCCUGGAGUCCAGUAAUCCAAAGAUGUAGCCAGCUGUGCAGUUUUUCCACCGUUUCUUUUUCCUUAAAUGUGUUUCUAAAACAUCCAAACAACCACCACAACAAAAGGCAGCACUCUGCGACACGGCAGCCACUCUCCGAAGCACUGUGAGACAGGAGCGUGAGUCCUCAACUCAGACGGUUCAUUCGCAAAAAACACUUUGGUCCUGGAGAUGGAGCCGUACCUGCUGUUUCUUAAAAUGACAUCAACAACCAAACCUGUCCCGACAGGCAGCAAAUGUUUACAUGUAUGUUUGUGCGGAGUGAACUCAAUGUUUUACAAUAGGUAAUAAUAAAAACAGGCCUUGCAGAGGUGCCCUGGCACCGUCGGACGGGGCAGCGGAGGUGGCCGUCCCCUCUGGAAAGCCCUGUAGGCAGUGAGCCCACGCUGGGCCAGAAGGAAGAAGUGUGUCAUGAUUGUGGGUGUCCUUGGGGUAGGACAGGGGGGCCUCAAGCUUUGGCCCUAAACCGUGUCAGAGACUCUCCCUCUGUAGGGGUCGCCCUUGUCUGAAAAAACGGACACUGUCCCUUCCUCCUCUUGCCCAGGAGGCCCUGGUGAGGAGCUGAGCUGCAUUAUGAGAGUCGCCAGUUCCCAGAGAGCUGAGGUUCAUCUCAGACCCCUGCAAUCCAGCCCAUAGGAGCUGGAAACAGAGACAGGUGACGUCCAAGUAACACCUACACUCACCCAGUGGUUCUUAACCGGGGUUUCCGCUCUCUGUAGAGAUGUCUCCUCCAUGAAGCCCGCAGGGAGGCAUGAGGAAAUGCCUCUGCUUUUCAGACACAUCCCAGUCCCCUGACCGACACAUGACCCCACAGCUAAGACCGUGUGUUCCGUGGAGGCUCCCUGAGAGCAAGACAGGUGCAGGGGAAGAAACAGCAGCAGUGGGUCCCUGAAGCCACCCUCCCAGCCACAGGGUGACCUGGCUGGCCCCUUAAAAAUCCAAGGGUCCAGACUUGCCCAUCUUUUCCCCCUCAGCAUACUCCUGGCACCCCUCUGUCCAUGUCCAGAGCCAAGAUGGAAGGCAUGUGUCCCCCCUUUCAUUUAGAGCCACCUAGCAACUGCCCCCCCGC